UUACUCCUAUGUGGGACGUCAGCGUCCCACUUAGGCUAACAUCCGGUGAAAUAGCAUAGCGCAAAGAUACUAAAUGCACAAUUCGUAAUGUUAAACUUUCUUGUAAAUACAUGUAUCUAACAUCAUUUAAAAGCUUAACUUCCUCUUAAACCAACCACCUUGUCAGAUUUUUAAAAUGCUUUUCAGCGAAAGCAAUCUUACGAUAAUCUGAGACAGCGCGCCACACACACAAGUAUUACAAGCAUUUUCCAUCCAAGCAUUAGCGUCACAAAAAGCCAGAAAUAGCACUAAAAUAAUCAAUUACCUUUGAAGAUCUUCUUCUUUUGGCAAUACAAAAGGUCCAAUCUUCACAAUAAAUGGUUGCUUUGUUCGAUUAAAUCAUGUUUUUAUGCAUAAAACGACACAUUUUGUAAAAGGCUUGUGUCGUGAAUUCCGUAUCCUUCGACGUUCAACGAGACAUGGGAUGCAAUCAGUCACACAGCAUUGACGUUAUCUAGUCAUGGUUGGUUUCUGUGAAAUCCUUGUGUGUUAGUAACACAACGACACCUGAUGGCUCUUGUUAGGUGCAUAUUGACCGAAAGGAGGUGAUUUGAACCCAGCAAACAAUGACCUGAUUACGCGCCAAUGAUCUCACCUGUGCUUCUUUGAAUGACUGUAUUUCUGCCCAAUCACCACUGAUCCUCUUGAAAUCUUGCUUGGUAGAUAGCCAAUGGGCUGAAGUAAAUGGAAAUAGCAAAUGUUUGUAUCAGGGAAGACCAGCUCUUGACCGAAACUCGAGCGUAACGCAGCCAUUCGCCAUUGGAGUUUCUACCAGAAGGAGCCAUUUUCUUUGCGCGACGCAGUAUUUAGUCAAGAUAAUUUUCCGCUCUUUUAUUGAAGUAAUUAUGGCGAGUAAAGCUGUAAAAGCAAAGGCAAAGUCCAAGUAUAUGGAUCUCCAUGAGAUUAUUUCCGAGAUUGAAGGAGAAAGUGACACAGAAUUCCCAGAUGAUCUAUCAGAUUGUGUGUCAAGUUUGGACAGCAACUUUGAGGACAUGUUUAUGCAUGGUGAGGAUGCCAUUCUCGAUUGUCCCAGUCCCUCUGAUUCUGAUUGGGAGCCCCCACUGAAAGGAGCUGGACCAUCUAGCCGGACCCCUGCUGUCUCCGGCUCCACACCUACCCCCGCCCUGCAAGGUGUGAAGUCUGUGAUAAAGAAGCGGAGGUGGGGAAGGGCUAAACCUGCAAUCAGAGAGGAGGAGGGUCGUUGGCACUCUGUGCUGGAGGAGGAUGUGUUGCCUACACCUCCAGUAUUCAGACCGAAGAGGCCAACAGGACCUCAGCUGGACAUGACUUCUAAGUACAGCCCCAUGCAACUUUUUCAGCUGUUUUUCACCUCGGCAGUUGUUGAUUCCCUGGUGUCGAACACAAACAAGUAUGGUGCUAAGAAGCAGGCGGAGCUGAGGAAGCGGGAUGUGUGGGCUUGUGGCACCAUUCGGCCCAAUAGAGUGGGCUUUCCGAAAACCAAGGUGAAUGACAUGCCUAAGCGGGCUGAGCGGGGUACCAUGAGAUGGAUCCGUGAAGAUGGCCUGCUCUUUGUGAAGUGGAUGGACACCAGAGAGGUGGUCAUGUGCUCCAGUAUCCACAAGUCCUUCAGUGGAGAUCACGUCGUCAGGCGUGUGAAGGACGCUGCUGGGGCAUGGACCACCAAAAAUGUCCCCAUUCCUGAAGCAAUCAAGGACUACAACAAGUGCAUGGGAGGUGUAGACCUCUCAGAUGCGCUUAUAGGAUACUACAAUGUUCUCCACAAGACAAUGAAGUG